AGGAUGGCAUCAUUAUUCCCGGGGAUAACGUCACGCUAUCGGGCGGCAAUAAGUCCUCAUUAAAUCUGCAUGGAAGACCCGGCGAAAACGGCACAUACGCCUGCCGGUUGAGCAACAGUCGACACGAAACCUUCAAAUAUUUCACAGUCAAAUUCGCUGAAGAGUCUCAACUGUCGACUAUUAUUAUCAGCGUGGUCAUCGUUUUAGCAGUUGUUCUCGUCGCUGCAAUUGGCCUCAGCAUCAAAUUGUAUCGCGACAAGAAACUGAACUUGUUUCCCGGGGCGGAAGCUCUGCUCAGAGGAAACCCCAACGAAAUGAACGACGAUUUGAGUUUGGACGACCAGAUUGAAAUCUUACCGUACGACAGACGAUGGGAAUUCCCAAGGAAUCGACUGAAACUCGGUGUACAGCUGGGAGCUGGAUGUUUUGGUCGAGUCGUCAAAGCAGAGGCGGUCGGAGUCAAAGACUCUGAGGGAAAUGUUGAAUCGGUGGCCGUCAAAAUGGUUCGCUCCCAAACCAAUGCCGCUGCUCUCGAGGCUUUGGUCAGUGAGUUGAAAAUUCUUAUCCACUUGGGAGCGCAUUUGAAUGUAGUCAAUUUACUGGGGGCCUGCACCAAAACCCUAAUAAGAGGAGAACUGUUUGUGAUAGUCGAGUACUGCCGAUUUGGCAAUUUGCAAAGUUACUUGAUUAACCACCGAAAUAAUUUUGUCAACCAAGUCGACAAACUUGGCAAUCUCUUGUCGGAUGCGGCAAUGCAGGAAAUCAACACAGCAGCUGCAGGCAUGAAAAGGAAGGAGUGCCCCAUUGAUAAGGCAGUAGAUCCAGAAAAACCCGAAACAGUGCGAUAUGUAAUACAGAAAACAAGAUCUGGAUUUGCUCAUGCCAACUCAACAGUCGACGAUGUUAACUUAGCAGAUGAAUAUGAGCCGCCUGUGUCGUUCGGGGUUUGCCAAAAAGAUCCUGAUAGCAAUUUUUAUGGAAUGACCGUGUCCACAGCGGAUUUAAUCUCUUGGUCUUUCCAAAUUGCCAGGGGAAUGGAUUAUUUGGCCAGCAAGAAAGUUCUUCAUGGCGAUUUAGCUGCGCGUAAUGUUCUCCUGGCUGACGACGGGGUGGCCAAAGUUGCCGAUUUUGGUAUGGCCCGUAAAAUGUAUUACGAAGGCAACUACCAACAAACAGGGCAGAAAUUGAUGCCAAUCAAAUGGAUGGCCAUUGAAUCCUUGACGGAUCGAAUCUUUUCCACCCAAUCUGACGUUUGGUCGUACGGUGUCCUCCUCUGGGAAAUCUUUACCCUGGGAAAAGUCCCCUAUCCAGGAUUGGAAGGUAAUCAACUCGUCCGCCAACUAGAAAAAGGAUACCGGAUGGAGAAACCUGAUUUCGCACCCACUUGCAUGGGCGAAAUCAUGUCCAGCUGCUGGAAAGCGGAUCCAAAAGAGAGACCAACCUUCAGUGAAAUGGAGGAAAUGAUCAGCAGCCAAAUGGAGUCAACAGUCAGCGAUCACUAUUUGAAUUUAAAUAGUUCAUACGAAAAUCUCAACGAAGAGAAAGUCAACGCCUCUCCCACCGAACCUUUGGGGCUUGCUAAAGCGCUGGAUUCUAAAGAUAAAGUCGGAAAAAGGUGCUCGAUACUUCCAGCACGCAACGAUACCCAAACAAAAAUUGAGCUCAAUAAACUUAGCCGACAAGUGGAAUCGAAUCAAGAAUUGAAAAAGGUGUCGUGCAGCAACCGUAGAAUUGAGAGUCUUAUCAAUCGACUAAAACGCCAAGGAUUUAGUAUACAUCAAGACUUUGCUGAGAUAUUUGUUUAGUUGACCACAACCAUUGUAUCGUUUUCCAGGAAGGAAAUGAAAAGGAAUAGCGGAUAGCCAGUGCUAUUUAGACCAUUGCAUCUCUGUAUGAAAUUUGUAAGCCACUUAGGUCAAGACUCUAUUCUGUUUUAUCUUGACGUUUCCAAAUGUUGUUAUAGUUGGGAAAACGUCGAUUUGUUACCAAUCCGCUCUGGUUUUAUCUCUAUCGUACAUAUAGAACUUCAAACAUGGUGUGUAUGUCUCAGGGGAUGAUAUUUUAAAUAAUAACAACCAAAUUAGCUUUA